GAAAUAGAAGAAGAUCUUAACAGGGAGCCAGUUUUUGGUAUCCAAGUUGCUGGAGGAACCAUGGCAUGUUGGAUUAUGACUAUGCCAUUUGGAGCCUUUUACUUUGUUCAACGUCUUGGUUCAGUGCAAAUUCCUAUGAAUCGAGGCCAAUCUUCACUUGCCGGAUUUAUAGAUGAAUUAUGGAAGUUAAGGGCGUCUCUACGAAACCAUAUUCGUACCCUUAAUGAAAUUGUCAAAAAAGUUGAUGUUUCUUUAUAUAACAUAGCUUUUUGUUCACCACAAGCUCAGAAAGAUAUGCCUCUUUACGAUGGAGAGUUAGUAACACCACGAUCGCCAUAA